AUGUUAAAAGGCACGCAUUUGCUAAGAAAAUUGCAGACCAAGUCAUCUGCACUUCAGACUCUUCCAAAGAAUAUGCUCUCCAGCAGACCUAGAGCAUUCUCUAUGCUCCUUGGAGGCGCCAAGAAGUCCCAUAUGUUUGGAUUAAGGCAGAACUCUCUGAACAAGUUUGCCUUGAGGACAUUUGCUCAAGCCAAUCUUGACACUGAAGAGCCAAAGCUGAAGGCUAUUAACUCUGAAAAGAGAGAGUUUAAGGCAGAGACUAAGAAACUUCUUGAUAUCGUUGCUAAGAGUAUUUACACUGAUAAGGAAGUCUUCCUCAGAGAACUUAUGUCUAACUGCUCUGAUGCUCUAGAGAAACAAAGAUAUAGCGAACUUACAGGCAAGAGCGAGAUGAGAGAUGUCCCACUUGAAAUUAGCAUUUUCACUAAUGAGAGAGAAAGAACUGUUACUAUUCUUGACCACGGUAUUGGAAUGACCAAGGAAGAGAUUAUAGAUAAUCUUGGAACUAUUGCUAAAUCUGGAUCUCAACAAUUUGUUAGUGCUCUAGAGGAUGAUACUUCUACAGGAGAAUCUAUCAUUGGACAAUUCGGAGUUGGAUUUUAUUCAUCAUUCAUUGUUGCUGAUUCAGUAGAAGUCAUUUCAAAGAGCGACUCUGGAGAAGCUUGCAGAUGGAUCUCUGAUGGAACAGGAGACUAUGAAAUCUCAGAAAUUGAAGGAUCUGAUAUCGAGAGAGGAACUAGAAUCACUCUUUAUUUAAGACCAGAAUGUAAGAACUUCUCUAGACCAACUGAAGUGAAAAAUAUUUUGAAAAAGCACUCCUUGUUCAUUAGUUAUCCAAUUAAAUUAAACGGUGAAGUAUUGAACAGCCUUCAAGCUAUCUGGUACAGAGACAAGAGAGAAGUAACUGAAGAUGAGUAUGAUCAAUUCUAUGAAAGCAUUGCCAAUACUAAAAUUCCAUUCAAGUAUCAGCUCCACUACAGCACUGAUGUUCCAUUGGCUAUUAAAGCUUUGUUAUAUGUUCCAUCCACUAACACUGAGAAGUUCGGAAUGCAGCAGGAAGCUUCCCACUUGCAUCUCUACUGCAGAAAAGUCCUUAUCAAAUCUAAAUGUAGUGAGCUGCUCCCACAUUGGCUUAGAUUUGUCAAAGGAGUGGUUGAUUGUGAAGAUCUUCCUCUUAAUAUCUCAAGAGAGAACUACCAGGACUCUCACUUGAUGGCAAAACUCAAGAAUGCCCUGACUAGAAGAGUUAUCAAGCUUCUCGAAGACGAGGUUAAGAAGGAUCCAGAAAAAUACAACAAGUGGUAUUCUGAAUUUGGAAAUUUCUUGAAGGAAGGACUUGCAACUGAUCAAGACUACUCCCAGCAAUUACUAAAGAUCAUUAGAUAUAAAACUACUAAGGACAACAAUAAAUUGAUUUCUAUUGAUGAUUACUGCAACAGCAUGAAGGAUGGACAGAAGAACAUUUAUUUCCAUGUUACAAGCGGUCAGGCAGGUGCUGGUGCAUCCCCAUUCUUGGAACCAUUUGAGCAAGCUAAUAUUCCAGUCAUUCUUCUAGAAAAUCAUAUCGAUGAAGUUUGUUUGAAGAAUGUCAACGAGUACAAAGGAUAUAAAUUCAUUAAUAUUGAGUCAAACUAUGAUGAAGUAGCUCAAGAUCUAGGAGCUAAGGUAGAUCAUGAUACUACUAAGGGAAUUCCAGAGUCUGAGGUUACUCCAUUCAGUUUGUGGCUUAAGUCAGAGCUAGCACCAACAAUCGCUAAAAUUACUAUAUCUAAGAGAUUGAAGACUUCUCCAGCUGUCAUUGUUGGAGAAGUAUCUUCAUCAAUGAGAGCUAUGCUUGCUAUGGUUGAUCAAGCUCAAUUUGAAGCUGCCACCAAGAACCAAGCAAUGGAAGUCAAUCCAAAUCACCCAGUUAUGGUUAAGUUGAAUAAACUUAGAAAGGUAGACUCUGAGAACGCCAGUCUUUUACUAAAGGAAGUCUUCGAUAAUGUUCUCCUUCAAUCAGGAAUUCCUUAUGACGUUAUGAAAUCUACCCAAAGAAGUUAUAAGGUCCUUGAAAUGCUGCUAGACUACAAGACAGCCGAUCUUUCUGACGGAGAACCCCAGAUUGUCGUAGAAGAUGUUGAAAGAAAGGAUUAA